AUGUCCAAGUCCCUCGAAGGUAAGGUCGCCGUCGUCACCGGAGCCAGCAGCGGUAUCGGUGAGGCCAUCGCCAAGCGCUUGGCCGAGGCUGGAGCGAAGGUGGUGCUGGGCGCAAGGCGCACGGACCGCCUGGAGGCCCUCAAGAAGGAGAUCGAGGCCGCCGGAGGAAUUGCCGCCUACAAGGAGACCGACGUCGUCUCGCGCGACCAGGUCGUGGCCCUCAUCAAGACUGCCAAUGACACCUUCGGCCCCGUGGACAUUCUGGUCAACAACGCCGGUGUGAUGCUACUGAGCCCGGUCGAUGCCCUGCUCCAGGACGAGUGGGAGAGGAUGCUUGACGUGAACGUCAAGGGCGUCCUCAACGGUGUUGCUGCCGUUCUGCCGGGCAUGACCGAAAGGGGCAAGGGCGACAUUGUCAAUAUCUCUUCGGAUGCUGGCCGCAAGCUCUUCCCCACCGGCGCCAUUUACUGCGCCUCGAAGUGGGCUGUUGAGGCCAUCACUCAGGGUCUCAGGAGCGAGCUCUCGGGCAAGGGCCUCAGGGUGACCUCCAUCCAGCCGGGAGCGACCACCUCGGAGCUCGGCAGCCACAUCACCCAUGAGGAGACCAAGAAGGGAAGCGAGGGGUUCAAGAAUGCGAUACGCUUCCUUGACGCCGACGACGUCGCGCGGGCCGUCGUGUACGCCGUGUCGCAGCCGCCCCACGCUGCCGUCAACGAGAUCCUCAUUCGCCCCACUCAGCAGGGCUCGUAA